CGACAGUACUCCCGAGAAAUGUUCAGUUUUAUCAUCCAAUUUCGAGAACUUACCAAUUUCCUAUUCCUAUCCCUAUCCUAUAUUUGUUCUUCUUCUUUAUCGUAUAUAUGGGGGGAGGAGGAGGAGGAGAGAGUCGUCCCCCUUCCCCCUCCCCCCCAGAACGCUAUGGGUUGGCUUCUAUCCAACCGCUAUCUCCUGAACCACAGUCGAGGCUUGAGGCAGAGAGGCGCGAGGCAGGAAGUCAGGAUUAUCCUUUUCAAUCAGCUCAUUCAAGAACUUAUAUAUACUCUUCUUUACAUGAUUCAGCACCGAGCUAUCGGUUUUUAUUUUCCAACAUUGUCAUUCUCUCUGUCCUAUCUCUUUUUUAUACUGCCGCACCUCGUCAUUGAAGCAGGGUACUCGGGAAAUCUCUCGCGUCUAUGUAUAUCCACGCAUGCAAGGUGGCGUCUUGAUAUACUGUCGGAUUUCGAUCGGUCCGACUUGAGCUGGGGAGGGAGCUAUUCAGAACAAAUACAAAAUCUGAGGUUGUUGCCCUUGAUGAGGCCACUCGGAUGUUGGAGGCUGAUAUGUGGAAUGCGUUUGCAUACCAUGGAAUGUCCUUUUUGAGACUGAUGGCGGCCUCGGCCCAUAGUGGUAAGUUAUCCUACUCCAUGCAGCGUCUCCAAGCUCAAUCUACCCUGCUUCAUGUUGCUCCUUAGAAAAUGUGACUGACGUUCUUCGCUAUAACAGACUGCAUUUCUUACAGUCUUCA